ACCCGCGUUCUCUCUGCCCGCACCAUCUAUCAUCCUGCCAUUGCUGGCGCCAACCCACUUGCAUUAAAUGGCUGGUCCAGGCAACAAGUGAAUAAUAUAUAGCAUCAUAUAUUUGCAAUGUCACUCGAUAUAUGGCCGCCAGUCUCGAGCCACGAGCUCAAGACUCAGAUUCAGGAAACCCAGAACCGCGAGCUAGACUGGUUCAUCACAGAAGUGCUAGCUGUCUGUACAGAGCUGAAGCAUGGCCUGGAGGACUGCUAUGCACUGCUUGCGCCCAUAGAACCCGGCACGACCCUGGUUAUGAGCACGCCGCGCAACGAGCGAGUGAAGGGCACCAUCACCAGAAUCGGCACCAGGAUUGUCAAAGGCUCCUUAAAUAUACAGCUGCGGACCGUGCCCGCGCAGACGCUCACUGUGUCGUCUACUAACCCCAUUCAUAUCCCCGCCCUUGACGGCGUCUUUACCCAUCUCACACAAUCCAUCGACCUUCUUGGCAUCAUCCUCUCUGAAAAGAAGCCCGACGCCGCCGCCCUCUCCUCCACACUAUCUGUUCUAGCCGAAGCACUUUCGGAGUCCACCGCGCUGCUUAAAGGCCCCGCGGGGCUGAUCGACUCCGACCCGAAAUGGCAAACAGGGUCAUGCCCGGCACACCAUUUCUCACCGGCAAUAGGUCCUAGUCUAAGUGUCUUUGUCGGCAUUCAGGACAGCUGUAUUGUGCUCUCCCUUCGAGCGCUGGAAGAGGCGAAUGCGCCUGUAAACUUUGGCCUAAAGCUUGGGCUUGCAAUUGGUACCGUGCGAAGGUUGGAACACGAUGAGAUGGAUGUUACAUUUCGAUAUGACCCUAAGGGAGACGGGUCAACCGAUUUACAAUCGAGCAACCAGCGCAGGUUGCCCAAACAGCCAACAAGUGCAAAGCCUGCAAAUGGCAUGGAUGUCUACGUCAGAGAAAAGGUCCGCGUUGAGAGUGCAGACGCGUCCUUGAUAUCUCUUUUUGCAAAGCUUGGCUAUCUUAGCCACUCUCUCGGCCAAGCAAGACGAAAUCUAGCAGCAGUGAUGGGUACAGAAUACCAGGCGUAAUUGUGAUGAAGGGAUAAUUCUUCACAUUUGCAGGACACGGAGUUUAUUCAAGUCGGCUUUGCCAUGAAUUCGGUAUCAAUGCUAGACUAUGAUUGUACAAUGUAGUAAUAUAUUCAUAAACGCCAACUGACAAAAGAAACUGGAUGCUGAUGUUCUAUCCGCCGUAUCUUCCUCCACUGUACGACACAAAUACUUCAGACAUACUAUCUCACAGACCGCCAGGCUCAAAGGGAAACUAUGCUACUGGAGACCAGGGCAUGGGGAUCAAGAUUCUGGACUUCAUGUUCUGGAUCAAAGGGACAGUCUUAUGGACAGUGUCGCUCCAUCCCUCAACAGACCAGCUCUUCUCACGAGUCUCGCGGCGCUCUUCAAGGUUAGCAAACUGCCACAAGUGGUGGACAGUGUUCAAGUCGCCAAUCUGGACGAACCAGGCACCGACACCUUCCAUGACCUCACGGCGAGCCUUGAGACCGCGGCGCCAGUGAGUCUCCCACUCGAGGAGGUUGCCGGGGUGCAGAGUGUACGAACGAAGCUCAAACACACCUCCAAGCUGUCGAGGAGGGGUGGUCGGCCAGAAAGAAAAUUCUUGCAUGAGGGAGAUGUUCUUGCCCUUAAUCAAAGAGUUAAGCUUGUCGUUGAACUCGGGGAAGCCAGCGUCGUUGGAAAUGGAGUGUCUGGACUCGUGAUAUCCCUCAUACUUUUGGUACUCCCAAAUAUGGACUGUACUUUAGGUUAGCAUUACGUGGUUCAUAGCAUUAAAUGUCAGGCACUUCAUACCAAAUGUAUCGGCAUCACCAACCUCGGUUCGCCAGCUGCCAACCAAGUGAACCUUAUUCUUGGGGUCGUUGGCGAUGCGAGGAUAAAAGUCGCCAACGAGCUUGACGUAUUCAUCAACUUUAUCGGGCUUGACCUCGUGGAAGACAAUAGAGUGGACGUAUUUGCCACGAGCAAGCACCUGACUGAAGCUUGCCUCGAGCUGAGCCUCCAUCUCUCUGCCUUCCUUGGUGCCAUAGAUAAGGUUGGACAAUGGGCCCGACUUUCGCUCCGGUUGAGCAUCCUGAGCCGUUGCGGUGGCACCUGCAUCAGUCUUAGUUGCAACCUCUUCAGGGGUGGCAGAGUUCUUAUGAGCAUCAAACGCACGCGCGCCCUGUUCCUUUUGUGCCUGGGCAAACUGCUCUCGGAAGGCCUUCUGCUUGUUGUGGAACGCGUCAACCGACGUCUUCGAAGGGUCGAUGUCGCCCAUAGAGGGGGUCUUUGCUCGCAUUGCAGUAGAGCUUAGGGCACGCAUGCUGGAGCGGGCAGCACCGGCCGCGACCAUGGUCGAGCGUGAAACACCUCUGGAGAGCAUCUUGGACCGACGGGGACGAGGGUUGCGAACGCGUUGGUUGAGUGUAGGACGAAGGAGAGACGAAAGGGUUUUAAGCAGAGAUCGUGCGGGGGCGACGAGAGCAGCUAUAUCGCGGAACACUAAUAGAGCGCCGUGGUUGAGCUAGACCGUGUGGUGGAGGGUUGGCUGCUAGGCCGAUUGGACAAAGCUGAAGGGUGCGUUGCAGAACGGAUGCACACCCCGCACUAAGUGGUGGAGCGAGGGAGCGGCAGAGAAGAGUUUGGCGUAAUUAAGCCUGCGUAAACACUUGACGGCAAUUGGCUCAAGCAAUUGACGACGAAAAGCAGCGGUAUUUUGUGUUUUGGGGAGAUGCGGGUGCUGCCGUCAACAGGGUGUAGAGAAGGAGGAGACCAGCUAAGCAGCUCUCACACAGUAAGAACGACUAAGCUUG